AGAGAACGAUAUGCCUAUUCGGAAUUUCUGUGGUAGGCUUGAUAGGCGACAUUUACUCCAAAUGAUAGGUCGUAGUUCUCGAGUAAAAUUAGGCUAGAUUUUCCACAAAACGACCGGGGUCUAUACAAGAUGCUGCUUAUGCCAGCUCAGCGUACACCGACUAGGCCUCGUUUAGUUUGCCCUCUUCUACCAAACAAGCUUCUACAAUUUUUCGACGAGGAAACAGAGCCCGUAGCUUCACCAUCAGUGGUUUGUCUGACGCAGAGAGUUUAUAAAGAAUCUGGAACUGGAAUACUUAACGGGGUCCCACGACCGACCACACCAGGAACUCGUACCGUGUACGCUCAGGGCCUCGUGUCCGGAUCAUCACCAAUGUUUGACCGUGAGGAGAAGAACAAGUCCUGCUUCUCAGAAAAUGAACUGGAAGAGGACACCCGGAGACUAAUUUGCGAUUUCAUGGAGAAAUAUACCGACUUCUCGCCGUCGUGGACUCCGAAAGAUAAACGUUUGUCCACGAUGAAGCGUGUUGUGGACGGACUUGUGGUGAAACAUAAAAUCGCAUAUAAUGGCAUGAUUACGAAGCUCAGUUUGGACGAGCGAGGCAACGAUAUGAGCAUAAUCUCUGGGGUUGCUAGGGAUCUCUUCAGCGAUGGUAAAACCAACUGGGGUCGCAUUGCCAGCCUGUUGACAUUCGGCGUUGUAGUUUGCCAACAUCUGAAGGACAUGGGUCAGAAGGAGCGUGUGAACCUGGUGGCAGAAGAGAUCUCCUCUUAUCUCCUCUCUGAACAGAGAACCUGGUUGAUUGAUAACAACGCGUGGGAUGGAUUUGAAGAAUUUUUUCAUGUCGUGGACCCUGAAUCAGCAGUGAGGAAUGCACUAAUGACAUUUGUUGGCAUAGCAGGCAUUGGAGCAGGACUGGCCCUUUUGAUUAAAUCUUAAGAGUGACUUUUCACUGUGCUGAAGAGCUGAGGCAUGUUGAGGAGAGACGUCACACGGUGAAACUCUUCAACCCCAUUUUUUUCCCUCAUGGAAAAAGGAUUUCAAAGUGUAAAGACUGUAAAUAAAACAGUGACUAUGGACACUAGACAAAAUGAGAGAAUUUUAUAUUUUAUAUUUAAAACUCCGUGUUUUAUUUUUUACACUUCUAGCUGUGCAUUUGUUCCUUCAAGUGGCACUCAAGAUUCUGAGCAACAGACACUUUAUUGUUGAGACUUGCUUCUUCAUUAUAUGUACAUGGAUAUCAUUUUGCAUUCCAAGUUUCAUUUUUUUUUUCCUCAGUAAUUUGAAGAACUGUUCAUACCUGAUAUAGAACAUACCCAACAGGAACUACACACAACAUUAAAAGGAACUGUGACACCGCA